UGUUAAGAUCUGUUAUUCAGUCUCAUCGCGAUGCUCUGGCGUUGAUCUUCACGUGCGCUGCGACGGAAUUCGUGCUGCUUGCUGCCAAAAAGUUAAAGUUUUCGCGUCUGCAAUGAAUACGCAUAUGAAAGAUAUAUCUAUAUGUUGGACUUUGUGUGUUUUAAUAAUAUUCGCUAUAUGAAAAAAAUCUUUGUUUUGUUUUUGUGCUGGUUUUUUGUUUUGUGAGCAACAAAUAAUUCAAGUGGGUGGCGCGUGUGGGCGUGACAGCUGUUAGGCAAAGUGCAAUUGGAAGCGGCAUUGAGAGCUGGAACUGCAAUCGGUAUCGGAAUCGAGAUAUACAAGUGCCCAGGCACCGGCCUCACCGGCCCCAUCGCCCUCGCUCCCCGAACUGCCCUGCCACUGGAGGGGCAGACGUAGCGGGGACCGCUAGCAGCGCAGCGACGCAGCGCAAUGUCGACGCUGGCAGCUGCAACGUCGACGUCAACGGCGAUGCCAGUGGAUGCCAUUGCCGCAGCGAAAAUGUUUUCGGAUGCGGAUGUGGCGGAAGUGCGGCACGUUGUGCAACGCAUUUUGGUGCCGUGCGUUUUUGUUAUUGGACUAUUGGGAAAUUCAGUGAGCAUUUAUGUUUUGACGCGCAAACGCAUGAGGUGCACCACAAAUAUUUAUCUAACGGCUCUGGCAAUUACGGAUAUUGCGUACCUGACCUUUGUAUUAAUUUUAUCACUCAAACACUACGAAUAUAUCAAAUACCACUGCGAGCUGUAUUGGCUCCUCUACGGAUUCGUAGUGUGGCUAUGCGAUGCGUGCGCAUACAUCUCAAUUUACAUAGCCGUGUGCUUUACUAUCGAGCGAUUUAUAGCGAUACGCUAUCCGCUCAAAAGACAAACAUUCUGCACGGAGUCGCUGGCCAAGAAGGUAAUAGCAGCCGUCGCGCUCUUCUGCCUGCUGACUACGCUCUCGACGGCGUUCGAGCACACAUAUGACAUCAAUUGGAAAUUGAUUGAUGGCGCCUAUAGGCCCUGCAAUCUGACGCUGGCAAAUGUGUCGCCCAUGCCAACGCCCACGCCCACGUCCACGCCCAUGCCCACACCGGCUCAGACCAUGACCACGGCAUGGCAUAUAGAGGAGCCAGCUGGCAAUCCAGCCACGUCUCGCUAUCUGGAGCCUUUCGAUUUGAGCAGCGACAGCGGCAGCGGCAGCGGCAGCGGCGCCGGUGAGCCAGACCACAUUCCAAGCAGGCAGCGACGGUUACCAGCAUUCACGUCCGCCUCUGUGGGCGUGACUGCGGCAGCCACUGAGCCGACAACAGCGUCGGCCACUGCGAGCUUGUUGCAGUUGUCACGUGCCAGACGCAGCGAGGACAACUACAACUAUAACAACGAUGCCAACAACAACAACAACAACAACAACAAUGACAGCGGCAACGACAACAACAACAACAACAACAACAACAAUAGCGCAUUCGCAUUUAACAUUACGGAAUACUGUCAAAAUAUGACUUUCUACACCAAUGGGCUGUCGAGUCUGGGCCAGAAUGCGCUCUACUUCAAUAUCUGGAGCGUUUACACGCUGAUUGUGUUCGUGCUGCUGCCGCUGUUCGUGCUGGCCACAUUUAACUGUUUCCUCAUUCUGCUUGUGCAUCGCUCGAAGAGUCUGCGCGGCGAUCUGACCAAUGCCAGCAGCAUUAGGCGUACCAAGCGCAAAUCGAACUCGGGCCUAACGGGCAGCGUCUCGCAGGAGAAUCGAGUGACCAUCACGCUGAUUGCCGUCGUCCUGCUGUUCAUCGUCUGCCAGCUGCCGUGGGCCAUCUACCUGAUACUGGUGCAGUACGUGGACAUCGAGAUGAACAUACAAAGGAUAGCGGGCAAUGUGUGCAACCUGCUGGUGGCCAUCAAUGCGGCUGCCAAUUUUUUCUUAUAUUGCGUGCUGUCGGACAAGUAUCGCAAGACGGUGCGUGAGCUGGUCACCGGCUAUCGCUAUCGCCAUCGACAUGCACGCAACAACAUCAGCCUCUAUGUGCCACACACCAGCACCACGCUCAACGGUGACGGUGCCAGCAGCGUGGGCAGCGGCGGUGGCUACAAUGCCUACGGUGGUGCCAGCAGUCGGCGUUGCCGUGGCAAGGCGGCGGUUGCAAGGCGCCUGAUUGCGUGAGUCACCAGCCGAUAGUUUCCUCCGAUCAACGUUUUUGUUUUCUCUCUAUAGAUAUAUAUAUUUUUGUUUUCCUAUACUCUAGAUAUACAUUUAGUAUGUCUAUUUUUCUUUGUUCUUUCUUCUAUAUAUAAAUAUCUUAGAUAUAUAGUACGUACAUAUACAUACAUAUAUCAUAUAUGUUUUUUUUUUAUCAGUCAAAUUCGCAAGCUGUACAAUCCUAAACUACUCUGUAAUAGGCUAAGUUGAGCAAUAUAUGCGUAAAUAUUUUAACUUCAUGUAUAUAAAUAUAUAGAUUACACAUAUAUUUAUCUAUAUAUGUACAUGCAUAUACUACCAAACAUUUGUGCCAUAUAUGUGAUGAUUAUAGUUAUACGAUCUGUAGCUAUCCUAAACGUAAUUAUUGUUGUCCUAAGUGUCAGAAAUGUAGUCUAAAUAAAUCAUUUUUUGAACUA